GGCAGACACACCCACAUCCUGUUUACGUUCGUCUUAACUGUACUUCAGUGAAAAGAACUCUGGGUUGUUCUGAUUGUAUAAAGUCAGAGGAGGACCAGGCUGAAAUGAGACUGCCUUCGAUCUAAGUACGACCUCACUGCUGGAAAUACAAGGAACCCUCCUCGUGGCCUCAGUUCCUGUCAGCACCACCAUGUCGUGCCGGGAUAUCCACGCCACCAACGCUUUUGCCUUCAUCCUUGCCUUUGUUUGUGUGGGAGGGCUUGCUGUGGCAGCAUUAAUCCCACAGUGGCGUGUAACAAGACUCGUCACCUUCAAUCGUAAUGCCAAGAAUAUCAGUGUGUAUGAUGGGCUGUGGGCUAAAUGUGUGAAACAGGAUGGCUAUUCUGGAUGCUACUACUAUGAUUCAGAGUGGUACUCUAAAGUGGACCAGCUGGAUCUCCGGCUUCUGCAGUUCUGUCUUCCUACGGGCAUGAUGUUUGGCUCUCUGGCCUUGCUGCUGUGCAUGGCAGGAAUGUUUAAGACCUGCUGCUGCUCAGACAAGCCUGAACCAGACAUUAAGACCAUCAGAUUCCUGGUCAACAAUGCAGGCUGUCACCUGGUGGCCGGGACGUUUUUGUUCUUAGGUGGAGCUAUUGCCAUCGCACCCUCAGUAUGGUUCCUUUUUCGGACCAAGGAAAUGAACAUUAAAUAUGACAACAUUUUUUCCGAUGGCUUUGCUGUGUAUGUGUCUAUAGGCUGCUCUGGAGGACUAAUGCUGGCCGCCCUGCUAAUGUUCAUGUGGUACUGUAUGUGUAAAAAGUUGCCUUCACCCUUCUGGUUGCCUCUGCCCUCUAUGCCUACCUCUCUGUCCACCCAGCCUCUCACUGCCAACGGAUAUCCUCCCUCCCCAGUGUAUGGCCCUCAGCCCUUCCCUCCCCAGGCCUAUCCUCCCACAGUGAUCGACUCCCAGCCAUAUGUGACCUCCCAGGGCUACGCCCAGAGUGUGGUGGCCCCUGUACCGCCACAGGUGCACAUGUCUCAGAUGUCUGUUCCUGAUGGUUAUGGCUCAGAGGUAGGAGGCAACCAGGCCUACAGCUACGCUCCCUCACAGAGUUAUGCUCCCUCUCAGGGCUACGCACCAUCUCAGAGCUACGCACCAUCUCAGGGCUACGCACCAUCUCAGGGCUACGCACCAUCUCAGGGCUACGCACCAUCUCAGGGCUACGCACCAUCUCAGGGCUACGCAUCCACCUACGCAGGUCAGCGAUACUCCUCCCGCUCACGGAUGUCUGCCAUAGAGAUCGACAUUCCCGUGCUGACACAGUGACAGUAAGAGGAGAGAGGCUAGAGAUGUCAGACUCCUGCCGAAGAAAUUCAAUGAAGUUCACCACUGAUUAAACUAAUAGAGCAUGAUGGGUGGAAAUGAAUAAUACGGAGCCAUUUGCAGCCCUAGAGUGAUACACUCAGGUCUGUCAUUUGCUGAUAAUGCAGUGGAAGACGAAACCCAGUCAAAAGAACCCUGGGGUUAAUAUGAUGGCUAGGAAUUUCCUACAAACAGAGAUCACUAAAUCACUAGUGCAAGCAACACUGGAUGAUACAGAAAGACACCUCAACCAACUAGCCUUCCACUGUUUUUACUCUUAACUUGCUUAAGUGGCCAAAGGACCAACUUACUUAGUAGUUACUAGCAUUUAGUUUGUGGUUGAAUAUAAAUUCCCAAACUGUCUUUUUAGAUUUAAGAAGCCCUGAUUAAGGCUGCCAUAAAUGAAGCGAUAGCUUAUAGCAUAAAUAUAUUUUUCUGUUACAUUUGUUUAUGUUGGACACAUUAUAUUGAUACUGAAAUGACUUGUCACUUUUGCCUAUGUAAAGCUUACAGUAUAAAAACAGUCUGUUAUCACUACUGAACAUAACUUUAAAUCCUGUGGUCCUGAAGGAACAACUACUAACUAACUCAGCUGUUUGUAUCUUUUGUGUAACAGGAAUUGUUGACAUGGACCCAUUGCCCUGUGAAGAGCAGCUGUUGAAGUUUCUUAUGCACUAAUUGUGUGAAUACUGUGCCAGUUUACAUUGCCUUUGUUCACCUUUCUUUGUUUUAGCCUUAAGUAUUUUUCUAACAUAUUACCUAAUCAUUUAUUGUAACAUACUUUUCCGAAGUGCUCAUAUAUAAUAAAAAACAUGACACUAAGAAAUGUCUUAGCAAAGUAACAUUUGAUGGACAAAUGUGGAAUUACAUUUGAACUGUAAUGUUAAAGAUGUUAACAGAAGGAGAGCGAUGUUCGUCUGCACCCAACAUGUCCGCCGAUGAUUCAAACGUUUGCCAACUAAGCUGGAAGUGUAGUGUUGUUCAUUGGUGGUGGUACUCGUGAUUAAGAUGAUUUUAAAUAGAGUUUACAUAAACCUUUUUUCCAUGAUUUGCAUUAGCUCUACGAGACAUUUCGAGUUUUACAGUUCAAGAUGUUAUCCUUCAAUGUUGAGGUCAAAUGUUUCUCAACACGUUUGUAUUUAUAAGAACAUUAAUGUAUGCCGGUUUAUUUGCUGGAGUAAAAAGAAAAAAAGUACUAACUGCUAUAAAGGAUGACGUAAUACGCAUAAUUGCAAUAAAAAUAUACUCACAAUCAAUAACUAAUCUCAUUCAUACAGAGAGUUAUUGUAAAGUAAUUUCUCCAUCUGAGCAACAUUUCAGUCAGACUGAAUUACAAACUGGCAAGGACACGGCUCUUAUCUGCUGGUUGUCUCCACAUUCACAGUUUAAUUGAUCAAUUGUUUGAGGAAAUCAAUGGCUUGUGGGGUUCUGGUUUCCCCAUAAUGCAAUACUUCCUUUGUAAUCCCCUCAUGAUGACUUGAUGUUAAAGUUGUUCAUAAGCCAGUCUGUACUGUACCAGUGAGCCAAGGCCAUGUUUACUUAGUUUACAUUUAACUUUCUAGUACUCUUACAUACAUUCAUAUUAAAUACAAAUAAUAACAAUUGCCCUGAAGCAAACAGUGAGUCAUUCUAAAUAUUUGUACUGUCACACCAACCAGCAAAACCCAAAUAUAUGAAAUGUGAAAUGAAAACUGAGAAAAGCUGCAUACUUUAUGUUGGAAAAGCUGGAACAGGAUGACACUGGUACAUUGCUUUAAUGAUACAUUGGUUAUAAAUGUUAAAUUGCUUGACUAAUCACUUGCAAUUACACAUUGCAAUUUAAUAGAUGGCAAUGCAACAACAAUACAGCUUUGCCUGUCCAGAUUUUAUUUUAGCCUACGUGGCUGAAAUGUGGUGAAACGCUGAACUCUUGGUCAUUGCACCUUUAACAAAUACAGCACUGUUAAAGCAACUCUGAGAAAAUAACCUCAUUGAGUUAGCCUGAACUAUUAUUUCCUCUCUGGUUUCUCUCUGGACCUUAGGAUAACUUUAAUAUUUACCCAGAGCAGAGGCAAUUAGAAAAAGUGAUCUUUUUUCUUAAAUGAAGCUUUAAAGCUCCAGUGUUUUGAUUUAUCUUUGAUGUAGUCCUGGUGGAUGGAGCAUCUGCAGACUAACCUGCAGCACUUAUAAUUGGAUCCAACUCUUGUUGAUGUGAUUCUUUCAUGUUAGCUGAGGCUUCAGUGGUUGAUGAUUAAUAAAACCAUAAUUAACA